AUGAUGCUGCCAUUGCUGGCCGUUUCGGCCUUUGCCUCCCUCGGUGCCGCGCAGACCUACACCAGCUGCAAUCCUACCAACAGUCUGAAGACAUGGAGCCUAUCCACCGAUUUCACCCAGGGCAGCUCGGAUGGAUGGACGGCCAUCUCGGGCAAUGUCACCUACGGCAGCAACGGAGCCGAAUUCACCAUCAACAAGCGGUACGAUGCGCCGACGCUUGAGACCAACUUUUACAUCUUCUUCGGCGAGGUCGAGGUCGUCAUGAGAGCAGCCAAUGGCACCGGGAUCGUCAGCUCCAUCGUCAUGGAAUCGGAUGAUCUGGACGAAAUCGACUGGGAAUGCACUGGAACCGACACUACCCAGAUCCAAACCAACUACUUUGGCAAGGGCAACACGACCACCUACGACCGCGCAAUCUGGGAGACCGUCAGCAGCCCUCAGGACGAAUUCCACACGUACAAAGUCGUCUGGACCGCUGCGGCCAUCACCUGGUACAUUGACGGGACCGCCGUGCGCACACUCGAGUAUGCCGAUGCGGUCGAUGGGAAGAACUACCCGCAAACGCCAAUGGUCGUGAAGCUGGGCAUCUGGGCCGGAGGUGACCCGUCCAACAGCGAGGGAACGAUCGAGUGGGCCGGGGGAGAGACGGAUUACGACGAGGUCCCGUUCACGAUGUAUGUGAAAUCGGUCAACAUCAUCAACUACAACCCUGCGGCGUCGUAUAACUACACGGACAAGACCGGCUCGUAUACCAGUAUUGUGGCCUCGAAUUCGACGACCGGCAGUGGCAUCCAUAGCUCGAACUCGGUUAGUGUGUUCGCUCCGUCCUCCUCGACUUCCACCUUCACCUCUUCUCGAGCGUUGAUUGCUACGGCGAGUACUUACCCGGCCUCUGUGCAGACCUCGAGCAGUGGAGUCGUUAGCUUGUCCUCUUCGUCUGCGUCUUCUUCCUCGGCUGCUGCUUCAUCGACCUCCGGUAGUGCGUCGGCCGUAUUCACCGGUGCUGCUGUGACCAAUCUGCCCUCGUUCUUCUUUACCGUUUUCUUUGCCCUGGCUAUCGCACUUGCGUUCUAA